CAUCGGAUACAUUGGGAUUCAUUGGAAUAAUGUCGUGUACCUCAUUUGGCUGCUGUUUAUUGGAUAAUAUGUCAAAAGGCACUCGUUUGAUUUCCUCAACGUUACGUGCAUACUGGAUACCCGAUUUGCUCAUAACAACUACUUUAGAACCUUGUCUGGCUAUAACCUGGUACCUUUCCGUGGCAAAGCUUACCGAAAUGAUAAACUUGAAGGUGAAGACGCUCGAUUCCCAAAAUCACGACUUCAGUGUGGAAGAUGAUAUUACAGUACGGCAGUUCAAGGAAUUUAUAGCUGAGAAGAUACAGGUUCCAGUGGAUAUGCAACGUUUGAUCUAUUGUGGUCGAGUGUUAAGUGACGAAAAAGCUCUCAAGGAAUAUGAUGUCAACGGAAAAGUUGUCCAUCUUGUCCAGAGAGCUCCUCCAUCGGCACGGGGUAACAGCUCCACCGGUGGCAGCACCAACGACGAAGGAACAAGAUCCUCGGCCAGACGUUCGCGCAGUAGCGACAAUGCUGCUAGACCGCAAAUUUUUCGAGGUUUGGAUGAUUUCAACACCAUGUACUUUGGCUCGAUGACUUCGAUUCCGCUAAAUGUCAAUGCAACUACUCCUCCACAAAUUCCAACCGUGAGCCCAUCAUCCACUCUGUGUAUGAAUCGCAUCACCGUCGCACGUCAUAUGCUUCAGUGCGCUGAUAACAUUGUGAGUUACUUGGAAACCCCAGAGCGGGGUCUGAAUAACACUGCGAUGGAUAUUCUGUCCCAACAAACGAUGGAAUCAACGGUGUUCGAAGUAGGCAUCAGUACAGUCGGAGACGUCGACAUACCACAUAAUCAAAUGCAAAACUUCGUCCAAGCUUUCCAGGGUGCGGUUUCGGCCGCAUUUCGUCAGAACGGAAUAUCGAACGUAACUGUUCAACAGCAGGAUACUCUGAAUCCUUCGGUGCAAGUGUUUGGUACAAUUCCUGAUUCAGCAAUCAUCACACCUCCUAACACCAGUGCUACUGCUACCCCAGCCCAGGAAAGCUCUGGUGCUUCAUCGGGAAGUUCUUCGACAUCUUCGAGCACAUCGGAAUCCAGUGCAGAUUCCCGAAGACAGGCUCGUCCAGAUCCCUCACGUAAUCAAACUACCAGCACACAGACGCUGGCGGAGGUUGUUCAACAAAUGCGCGGUGUGCAACGUAGAAUGGAACCGUUUAUGCAGCAAUACUACGAAAUUUUGCAGAAUGAUCCUACAUAUGAGGAAGGAGAUUCAACCGCUCGCGAAAACGCCCAGCGUGUGUUUGAUCGCAUUUCGGAAGCAUUACAUUACAUGUCUCAUGCCCAGCAUGCAAUCAGCGAUUUGAUGUUGGAUUUGCAAACAUCAUCACCUCGUCACCUGUGCUGUCGACCGAUUCUCGUCGAGCAGUCUGCAUUCGUAAGUUCGGGAAUUGCUGCCGUUCCGAACAACAUCAAUCUAGCAAACUUGCUGCGGGCAUCUAACAACAAUAACAACCCCGAGAUGGGCAAUAAUAAUAUUAAUGCGCAAAUCAUCAACCUGUCAGUUCCUGGAAUGGGCGUCCCGGUAGCAAUUGGCUCAACAGUAAUGCAUCCUCUGAACCCAAUCGGAUCACAAAUCAGACCACCGGUAGCAACUGGACCACCUUCGGGGGCUGGUGCAGCCACAACUAUAGCAGCAACAACAACAACAACAACCGGAAGUGGCGGCACCACUACUGGAACCGGAAAUGUCACUCCACAAAGUCAAACACAGCAACAGCAAGGUCAGUUUGCCAGACCAUCUCUAGCCUAUCUUCCCGACGAUGCUAUCACCCGUGUCUAUAUACCCUUGUACGACCCUUCGACCGUUAGACGAGUGCAGAACAUCAUUCAGACGAUGGGACCUUCAGAAAGUGCCUCUUCGAGUGCUGUUCCUGUCUCUCGAAACAAUAACACGAACGCCGAUGGACAUUCGGUAAACGAUGACUCGAUGACUGCGUCCUCCAAUACCUCUUCCACCAAUUCGCGGACGACCAGUGAGUCUGACUCCGUUAGCACGGGCUCUCCCGAACGAUUAGCAAACUCUAACAACGCCAAUAAUAAUGCUCAGAUGCAGGUGGCACGUUUGAUUCAGGCCGUCGUGAAUGCCGCUCCGAUUCAUGCCGAUAUUCACGUUCAGAUAAACGCUGGUGGUAACCCGCCGGGAUCAACAGCUUCGCAAGGUGCUGCCACUAGUACUGGAAGCAGUACAACAACAGCCAACAGCAACAGUACCUCUACCAAUAGCACUCCGCCAGCAAACCCUAUAAUCACCAACACCAACUCGACCAACGUGAAUCGAGGAAAUAAUGACAGUGGAGCGCAAUCCCGUUUUGCCACGGUUACUCUUCCGACCACUUCCACACAGACACGUUCGACGUCACGUCCGCAUGUUCACAGUAUCCCUCCGACACAUGUGCGCAACGUGCGACCAAUUCCGGCCAACAUGCUGUCCUCGUUUGAUAGGUUUCUCCCGUGUAAUAGUCAUCACAUUCGUGAGAAUUCGGAUCGUGCUGCUUCGGAAUCGUCAACGGCUAGAAAUACUGCUGCAAACAGCAACAACAAUAGCAGUAGAACCACCCCAACUUCGGCAGCUAGUCAAGCCAGUGCACCACCUCCAGAAAUCCUCACGACACUACCCUUCAAUCUGUUCGGUAGCCAGUUUACACUAGCGGACUUUGAACAAAUUGUUCCAAAUCCAAACACAUUGAACCGUGUACGCGAUUCCCUGCAAGCGUACAUCAUUGAAACCCUAUUCAAUGGACAAGCCAUUAGCGAAACCGCUAUGCAAGAUGCUAUCAAUUUGCUCAUCCAACGACUCGAGCCAGUUCUGUCACGUGUUUCAAACUAUGAUCUUCCGGAUUACGACACACGGGCUUCGAUAGAGAAUCUGAUUCGGAAUUCAAUUCCAUUUUGUAUCAAUUUAAUACGAGAAGACAGUUCGCAACAGUUUGGAGUUCGUUUGUUGCGUUUUCUAAUCUCUUUCGUCCGUCGGUUCUUCAUGAUUUUGGUCACCUGUGUCGGACAGUCGAAUGCACAGACGUUCUCCGGCGAGUUAUUGAAUAUGGCCAUAUUCAGCACCCAAGAUGUACCCACGGUAAGCCCGGAACUUUUGCAUCUGUUCCUUCCUGCCAUUCACCGUCAACUGGAGCGAUCCAGUCGACACGAUCAACAAGAUAUUCAGGAAUUUCUGGUUAUUCGAAGACACGCGUCUGGUCAGAGUCAAGCUCAAAAUCGGGUACCAAGCCCAAUGGAAGUAGAUGAUUCGGAAUCUACGUCUACACCGGAACUGGUGUCGGACAUUGCUGAAAUCUCCAUUUCCAUCGAACCACCAAUUGUCAACAUUGAUCAGUGCGCAGCAAUUGUGAUUUCUGCUGCUGUACCGUCAACGGAAGCUUCGUCAGUAGCAGCAACAGCAGCUUCCGCGACUGCCACUACCGGUCCCUGCGAAGACGUAACAAUGACGAUCCCUGUGGGAGCAAGAAAUUCUCAACUACUACCACCACUACCACCGGCACGAAAAGAGGACGAUGAAGUACUUCCGUCGGUAGUGGUUGGUUCAGAACCAUGGCAUACACAUUUGCCACCCACUUGGUUGCCGGUAAUCUCGCGGGACAUCACACGACAAAGGCGACAGAUCCCGCAGGGUCCGUAUUCCGACGCGUACAUAUCCGGUAUGUCGUCGAAACGUCGCAAAUUGAUAGCAGAAACCAAACCUCCCUCCGAUAUUCCGUCACUUAUAGCAAGCGGUGUGCGACAGGCUUUCCACAGCACCGGUAUCAAUUCGAACAGUUUCGGCAACACUGGUAAUAGCACCAACAACGCUGGAACGAGCAAUACAGCCGUCAAUGGGGGGCCUGUCACGCUGGAUGAAAUUGCCAACACGAUAUCGGAUGAUCAAGCCCUGCAGAGCUCAUACUGCGAAGCAAUGAGAACCAGCAUACGAGAGCGGUUAGCUAAAGAUCCCGACUACGAUGCGAACCGGUUUCCAAACUGUUCAAAAUAUUUUGAAAAAUAGUUUAAUUUGUAGGAAAGUCCAGUUUCAGCAGGGAGACGGCAGCAUUGUUUGCGUUUAAUUUUUAGAAUUCCUGGUAAAAAAAAUAGAUCGGGACUUGCAAACCAGAGAAAAUGGUGCAUACAUUGGUGGUUGUAUCUAAUGAAGCUCUUACUGUUUUGAUGUGAACGAUAACGCAAUCAAAUGCUGAUGGAAUUUAGACACUAUAACUAUAGGAUUAUACGAUAUUUGAAGACACAGGAACUUCAAAAUAGACAACGUGUUUGAUGGAUCACAAGUAUGGAACGGAUCAUCGAUUGAUAAAAAAAAACUGCUUCACCAUUUGAGAAAAUUGGUAGAUAUUUUGUUAUUGAAAUUGUUUUCGUGCAUAUUAUAUUCCUAUUAACAGUUUAUGAAAAUUUGCAUAAACACGGCACUGCUAUCAGAUUAAUCAGUUCCAGACAACAACAAACACGAAAUUAUAACAUGGAUAUAGGCAAAAUUGCUUGCAACAACAGGCGCGAAGAGAUCGAUUGCUAAUGAGUACAAGCAAUUUUGCUGCCAGUCACACAGGAGAAUAAAUAAUAUAUUCUUUUUGCAAAAUAA